AUGACUGAGAAUAUAUAUAAUGGUUCCAUUGUAAGUGGUACAAUUGGCACACCUGGAUCAGGUGGUUCUGGAAGUUCUGAAGCUUCUGUAAGUUCGACACUUCCUAGCGGCACUGGCAAAAGUCAACCUCUGCUGGCCCCCGAAGAUCCAUUUGGAACAGGAGAGACAUACUCGGUUGAAUUUCCUAUCCAUCCUUCAUCAUAUUCAACUCCUGGCAAGAAAAUUCAUGACCAAAGUGAUCUGAUAUAUUUCCAGCAGUCAAUUGCAUACAACCGAAUUCAGAAUUUAAUCACCAGCAUAUCCCAAGCCGUGAUUCAAAAGUUUCCUGCUGAUAUCAACAGCAGUUCAAUCCACCCUGUUUUCAAGUCUAUAAUUGAAAUCCUCCAAACUCUUUCAAAGUGGUGUGAUGAGAUUGAGCCAGUGAUAGGGCCUCGUAGAUUUGGAAAUAUUGCUUUUCGACAAUGGCAUACGGUUCUCGAGAAUCGGUCGGGACAGUUGCUGACUGAAAAGCUGGCCGAACCACUUGCAUUUUCUACAAUUGGUGAUGAAAUGUCUGAUAAAGUUUCAGCUGAAAACUCACCCCUGACUGAGCUGAUUCCAUAUUUUCAAGGUUCUUUUGGUUCUAAGCAAAGGCUAGACUUUGGAACUGGUCAUGAACUCAGUUUCCUUGCAUUUAUUGGAGGCUUGAUUCUUCUCGGGGUAAUUGAUCAGCCGUCAGGAGAAGAUAUUUUGCUUGUGUUUGAAACUUACUUUGAGGUCAUUAGAAAACUAGUGUUGCGUUAUACACUUGAACCUGCUGGAAGUCAUGGAGUAUGGGGUUUGGACGACCAUUUCCAUCUUCCUUAUAUUCUUGGAUCAGCUCAGUUGGUAGAUCCACAGUCCAAUGGUAUCCCCAAGCCAAGCAGUAUUAUAUCCAAAGAUGUCCCUACACCGCGGUCAGUUCUAGAUAAAGCAUCAGUAUCCAAAUAUGCCAGGACAAAUCUUUAUUUCAAGGCCAUAGAUUUUGUGUACCAAGUGAAAAGAGGACCAUUUUAUGAGCAUUCGCCUAUAUUGUACGACAUUACUGGGGUUCCUACAUGGAACAAGAUUUAUCGUGGAAUGAUAAAAAUGUACAAUGCAGAAGUUCUGGGGAAGUUCCCAGUGGUGCAACAUUUUAUAUUCGGCUCGGCGCUUUAUCCGUGGAAACACAUUAAUGGAAACGGCUUAAAAAGCCAUUCUGGCGAGGAAGAAAAGGCUGCUCCUAGGAAAGACGCAUCGGCAGUUCCAAGUAUGGUGUCGUCUGUAAUGCCACUGUCUGCCACAGUGUCUGGAGUAAGACCAAGAGCUAGCAAUGCUCCAAGGACAUCCAUAAAUCCCAUAACAGGCUCUUCUAUAGGUGAACCAUCGACUGGUAGUCCGACAGGAGGAGGUAACAUACCGGGACCCACGAAAGCAUCCUGGGCCAAAAAGUAA